AUGGUGGGAGCUAAAACAUAUGACUCUGUAAGAUACCUUCUGUUCCCUGAUAAACCAGCAAGCAAAACACUGGUGGAACUGCUAAAACUAUUAGAGGAUCAUUUCCAGCCCAAAACACUGGACAUUGCAGAAGGAUUCUGCUUUUACCAACGGCAGCAGCAAUCAGGGGAGGAUAUUAAAGAAUAUGUGGUGGCCAUUCGCAAACUGGAGUACCUACCCACAGCUCUGUGGGACAAGUUUGUGCUAGGACUGAAUAGUGAAACCAUUCAAAAGAAACUUCUGACAGAGCAGACACUCACCCUUACACGGGCGAUUGAGAUUGCAUCUGUCAUGGAAAUGGCUGUGAGGGAUACUGCGGCAUUGAACGCUCAGUUUUACAAAAAAGGGGUAAAAGAGGAGGUCUUCAUAGCAGCAGUCACACCAGCUACGGCAAACUGCAAAUAUGGAUUCUCACCCUAG